CAGUAGUGAGAGUGAACAUGAUGAUAAGAAGAUCUUGUUCACCAAAGUGUUUUCGCUGAUCCAAGAUGCACCUCAGAGUCAUGGUGAACGUGAAGAGGAACGACAACAGUGGGUUCACUAAGGGGUUCACCAAUCUAGACGCUGGACAAGUUGGCCGAUAUAAAAACCUCAACUCCUCAGUAAUGAGCAACCUGCUCAUCAAUUCUCCACUCGCAAAUCCCUCAAGCGCCUUACUAUUGCCCCUCGUGACUAGCCUCACAUCUCUCUUCGACUCAUUCUCUCUACCUGCUCCAAUGGCGAUGGUAGUACAAUCUUCUCCUCCGUUGUUGAUACGUCUGUUCAACAACGAUGAAGUCAGCGGAGUGAUUCCGGGAAGCUUGGUCCAUUCGUUUGGAGCGCUCGAAAACGUAUGCUAUUCUAUCUACGGAGUUGACCCGAACAAUCAACUGGUGCACUUUCACCUCGAAGACGGCAUCUGUCAAGGCGUACUCAUCCCACACUUGUGGAACCUUGGUCAUUACUUCGGUGUCGACUCUCUUCGUGACGGUAAGCUGCACCUUUUCGUGCAUUUUGACCAGCCUGGUGCUCCGGCGUACGAUGGCUUCGAACAUGCAGCGGCUGAGCUCAAGCAUCGAGAGACCACCCUACCUCUGUCGAAUGAACUGCAACAGUAUCCCAUGUUCGAUCCGGUCCUUCAAAUGGCCCUGUUUCCAGAUGUCGCCCAUCCAAAACCUCCCGUCGACACGAAACCGAAUGUUCAGAUUCCUCUCGGCGAUGGCAACAAGUACCCAGGCCUGCCAGCAUAUGCAACACCUGAAGCCUGGGACAAGUCCUUCAAGCUGUUCACAGCCAAAGCUCCUCCACAGGAUUCCUUCAUGCACCGCACCCGUAGAUGGACCAAGUUCACGCUUGGAGUCAGGCGCCGCGUUGCCCAUGCACGCCUCAUCGAAGGCAGCUAUGGUGUCGAAGCCCCGAACACUUGCCAAAGCUGCAAGGACCUUGGUGUCGCUUGUCGCGUGUAUCAUCCAGCUAUAUUUGGCAGCGACUUCAAGAAAUUGAAUGCCCUCAAAAAGGGUACGAAAAUGUGUUCUCGUUGUCUGAACAAGAAUGGUUCGGGUUGUGAGGCUUGGGGCUCGCCUUCGAGCUCUUAG